AUGACCUUCUCUCGUUUUGUGCUCGUGCCGCUGUGCAUGAUGCUGGCAAUCGCUGGAACCUCUGCAACCGACGCCGUCCUCCGCAUGUACGGCGAUGCCGCCUGUACCACCUCGACUUCGCCGCCCGUUGCAUGGUGGGUGGUCCAGCCGGGAUCUUGUCAAAACUCGACCGAAUUUUCCGACUAUUACAGUGUUACGGUCGACUCAAGCACCCAGAUUACGUACAGCUUUGGCUGCGACAAUACUUGCACCACCUGCACUCAGUCGAGCAUCAUGACGCCUGGCACUUGCCUUGAGAUUGGCGCCGGCUCUGGCGACUACCUGACAGUCUACCCUGUUGUCGCUGCCACCAUUGAUGUCCAGGUGUCGAACUCUUGCCCAGGCCCCGCUUGGGCCACUUACACUGUCACCAGCGCUCAGUGCGCGUCAAUCGGCCCCAUCCUUGGCAAUUCCCGCAUCACGGUCGUUGGGAAUGACACGAUUGCGUACAGCUUUGGCUGCGACGAUGUGUGUGGGUAUUGCCGCUUGAAUGGCCAAACUUCCGAAGAUACAUGCACCUCGGAACCUCCAGCAUUCCACGUCACGUACCAUGUCAACAGCGCAGCUGGCAUCACUUCGUCUGUUGCGUUUGUCGGGCUUACGGCUGUUCUCAUGUCGAUGUUUGCGUUGUUUGCUUGA